GUCAUAGCAGCCCAAAUGCGUUGGUAACUGAAGUAACGUUUAAGUUCUGCUAGCUCUUAAAAUCUGAAGAAAUAGAAAACAAAGGAACAUGCAUGUUUCAAGGCCAAAGUCCUCUAAAGGUCGCAACAGAAACAAACUGUCUCAUUCCCAAAAUGCAGACUCUACAGGCUUCCAUCCCUCACCUCUGACCCCGCGACCCCCCUUGCGUGAUCGCUGUAUGCGUUCACGGGGCUUCCUUGUCAAGCAGAGCAGCCUGAGGAGCACCAAUGAGAUCCCAGAGUUGGUGGAGGCCAUAUCAGCCCCGAUGCUGACCCUUAACAAAUACAGGGUCCUGCCCUCCAUUGAGAAAAAGUCAGAACGGGAGCAGAGCCUAAUGGGCAUGGAGGAGAAGACCUCCAAGCUCAGUCUGUCGGACAACCUCCUGCUCCAGUCGCGGCUCCUUCAGCGAGAACAGCACCUCUCCUCCAUCCAGACGUGUGCCACGUCCAAGAGCAACUCUGAGAUGGGCGCGGUGUCUGAGGUCCUGUGUAGGCCAGGCUCACCUUUAGCCUACCUCGAGUCACCUGAAUACCCAACAGUAGAGAUGCCCCUCCACAAUCAGGGCAGCUUAGUGCUAGCCAUCCGGACUCCAUGCGGGAGCAGGAUCGAGCAUCAUUUCAACCCCGACAACACCCUGCGAUCUGUCAUUGCUGCCGCAGAGGCCAGACAAGGGAGACGGUACAGACGCAGCCGAGUUGAAACUAUGGACAUGCCCCGUAGAACGUUCACAGAUCUUAACAUGACUCUAGCUCAGUGUGGCAUUCUCAACAGGUCGGUGCUAUGCAUUUCACAUGAGGAUUUGGGGGAUAAUUGAUUCUUUUAUUUUUGAAAACUUUCUGAAGCUGAAGUCAUAGACAUUAUUUUUGUAUUAUGUUUUAAGAGAAAUUGUAUAUUAAAUAUAAAAAUGAUUAAAUGAA